AUGGCGAGCGACCCGUCGUCUGGAAAACGCCUUACGAGCCACCGACGCAUGGCAUGUGUGUCUUGCAUGGAGGGCAAGCAGACGCGCAACGUGCAGCCGCAGCAAGACAGCAGCGAGAACGCGCCGAUGGACCGCAUUGGCGGCGUGAUCUGUUUGAGCCUAAAGGGUCUGAUGGCGCCUCAAGAUAGCCUCAAGAAUCGAGAUCUAUUCAACUUCGUUGACAGCAAGAACAACUACUACAGGAUCUUCCUCGCGCGGACGAAGGACUCCGCAGCGAAGCACUUCGAGGCUUUGCUGGCGCGGUUCGAGAAGCGAUUCGACUGUAGGAUCCACGUGCUCCGCACCGACGGCGGAGGCGAGUACGCCAACGUGUACCUUUUCUGCAAGCGCACCGGAGUGGCGUGGGAGCGAUGA